AUGACUAGCGACGUCAGUAGCAGUAGCAUCAGCAGCAGCAGCAGCAUCAGCAGCAGCAGCAGCAGAUGUGUUGCUUCUGUUUGUCUUCAGGACAUUCGCAAUCCCUUAUCUCAAUGGCGGCUGUCUCUCGCUCGGCCCUUCACUCCAGAAGAAGAUGAGCUGCUGCUGCAGCACCACUGCAGCAGCAACAGCAGCAGCAGCAGCAACAGCAGCAGCAGCAGCAGCAGCGGCUGCAGCUGCAGCGCGGAAGCCAUGCUGCUGUUUGCUUUAAAGCAGGGACUGCAGCGAGAUGUGACAUCUCUGCAAAAACGACUAAAAAGGCUUCGCAGGGGCCCCAAUGCUGCUGCUGCUGCUGCUGCUGCUGCUGCUGCUGCUGCUAGUAGUGCUGCUAGUAGUGCUGCUACCGCUGCUGCAGAGCUCGAUGAAUACGAGAUCCAGCAGCAGCAAGCUGCUACUCAACGCCUAUGGGCAACCAAGAGCAGCAGCAGCAGCAGUAGCAGCAGCAGCGGCAGCAGCAGCAGCAGCAACCGUGUUAUGCCGCGACUGUCUUGCGAAGGGGCAGCAGCAGCACUUGCUGCUAGCAGCAGUUGCACUCAACAGCAGCAGCAACAGCAGCAGCAGCAAACACUUGAAGGGAGCUUUGCUGAUCUUCUGACGCACCCGCAGUGCAGCUGCGGCAGCAGCAUCAGCAGCAGCUGCUGCUGCAGCAACAGCGGCACUCCGUCCUAUAGCACUGUCUCCACUGAGGCAGAGGCAUACCCACCGCAGCAGCAGCAGCAGCAGCAGCAGAAAAAGAAGCUGCUGAUGCUGCAAGAUGACUGCUGCGCGGAGAAUGUUAACACAGCAGACCCAACAGCAGCAACGGCUGCAGCAGCAGCAGCAGCAACACAUGCAGCAGCAGCAGCAGAGGCUUCUGGGGCUACGGAUAAUGAUCUUAGAAGGCAACAGCAAAAGCAGCAGCAGCAGCAGCACAAUGACCCCUUUAUACUGGGCUCAGUCGAAUGCAACACCGACAGCUCAGGGCAGCAGCAGCAGCAGCAGCAGCAGCAGGAGUGCAGCAGCAGCAGUGAUACCGUACCUUCCGCACCUGCUGCUGCUGCUCCUUCUGCUUCUGCUGCUGCUGCUGCUGCUACAGGCUGGGAGGGCGACAGUCGCGACGAAGGUCUCUUAGACAUUUGGAGUUUGCUGCAGCCUGAGGACCAGCAGCAGCAGCAGCAGCAGCAGCAGCAACAGCAGCAGCAGCAGGUGCAGCAGCAUCAAGAACAAGAAGCUGGAUUGCUGCAGAUUGCUUUACCGUUACCUUCUGCUGCAGAUAAUCAAAAUCAUCCCCAUCAGCAGCAAAAACAGCAGCAAAAACAGCAGCAACAGCAGCAGCAUCAUCAUCAUCAUCAGCAGCAGCGGAGUUAUCGUGUAGGGGGCAGCUUGAGGUGUAUAUCGAGCAGCCCUAUUGAGAGAGUUUGCGCCCCUUUCUUUGCAGACAUUACUUCAAUCGCAGAGUCGCUUGACGAUAUACCUUUUGACUUUAUCGACGAUCGUAUUAAUACAAAUCCUCUUCCUGCAGCUAUGGUGAAGCGGGAGUUAGAUUCUCUGGUACGUGAAUUGAGCAGCAAAAGGAGACAAGACAGCAGCAGCUUUUCUGCUGCUGCUGCUGAGUCGAGCUACUGGCGUGGAGACCAGCUGCGGCAGAAGCAGCAGCAGCUGCAGCAGCAGCAGCAGCAGCAGCAACUACAGCUGCACUCGCAGCAGCUGCUGCCGCUGCUACCGAAAGAACACAUGGUAUUACAUAACCGCCACCAGCAGCAACAACAGCAACAGCAGCAGCAGCAGCAACAGCAGCAACAGCAGCUCCUGCAACAGCAGCUCCUGCAGCAGCAGCCCCACAUGCAUACGCAGGUGCAGCAGCAGAUUUCCGUCGGCCCUUUGGGGUGUAUGUACACCCAAAUGGAUGCAGGACCUUCAUCACCUCCAGCAGCAGCAGCAGCAGCAACAGCAACAGCAGCAGCAGCAGAUGAGUUCGGGGUCCCUAUUGCUCGAGGGUACCUGCCGACUCCUCAUAAUGAAGAGUUUUGCUGCAGCCUCUCUACAGCAGCAGCAGCAGCAGAUUCAGGAGGAGGAGGAGGAGCAGCAGCAAAUGCAGCAGAUGCAGGGGCAACAGAUGCAACUGCAGCAGCAGCAGCAGCAGAUACUGCUGCAGAUAGCUCAAGCCAGCAGCUGCUGCUCCCCGGCAUUACUUCUUUAAGACAUCGCCUUGAAGAGCAGCAGCAGCAGCAGCAACCAAACUUGCAGCAGCAGCAGCAGCAGCAGCAUGAGCAGCAGCAGCAGCAGCAGCAGCAGCAAGAAGGCGGAGACACCGGACGCAGCGUUGACAGCAGCAACAUGGAUUCCCUCGUUCAGAGGCUCUUGAGCUGCACUGAAGAAGCGCAGCAGCAGCAGCAGCAGCCGCAUGAGCAGCUGCAGCAGCAUGAGCAGCUGCUGCAGCACCAGCAGGAGGGGUCAGCCACUGCAACAGAAGCUGAGGGGGCAGCAGAAACUGCAGCAGGCGAAGCCCGUGCACGGAUGCAGCAGCAGCAGCAGCAGGCGCAGGUGCAGCCGCAGCAGCAGAAGCAGCAGCAGCAGCAGCAGGAAGAGUUGGUGCAGCAUGCGAAGGCAGCAGAUCUGCUGCAGCAGCUGUGGGGCUGCAUGCAGCCUCUGUCUCCUCCGCUAAGUGCUGCGGAGACGCAGCAGCUUUUGCUGCAACUCUCUCGAUUGUUUGUCGUUGUCAGCAGCAAGCAGCAGCAACAGCAAAAGCAGCAGCAGCACCAGCAGCAGCAGCAGCAGCAGGAACUUACCUCUAGCACGAUUGAAGACGCUCCCUCCGACAGCUUCACACAGCAGCAGCAGCAGCAGCAGCAGCAGCAGCAGCAGCAAACCUGCUCCAGCCCUGUGUAUCCCAUGGAAGCCGAAGUGCAGCACGACCUGCAGCAGCACCAGCAACAGCAACAAGAGCUGCAGCAGCACCAGCAACAGCAGCAAGAGCUGCAGCAGCAAGAGCUGCAGCAGCAAGGCCUGCAGCAGCAGCAAGAGCUGCAGCAGCAGCAACAGCAGCAGCAACAGCUGCAGCAGCAACAGCAACAGCAACAAGGGAUGCAGCAGCAGGAGUUACAACAUCAAGCGCUGCAGCCGCAACAGCUGCAGCAGCCACAGCUGCAGCAGCAAGAGCUGCGAAACCAACAGCUGCAGCAGCAAGAGCUGCAGCAGCAUCAUUACCAUUCACACCACCAUUUUGGGCAGCAACCUGAGCUCCAGCUGCAGCAGCAGCAGCAGCUCCAGCUGCAGCAGCAGCAGCAGCAGCAGCUGCAGCAGCAGCUGCAGCACUCUCCACAUGGGCUACUAUUAGGGCCCUCUACAAAUGCUGCUGCAGCUGAUCAACUGCUGCAGCAGCUCGACAAUACGCAGCAGCAGCAGAUCCAGCAGCAUCAUCAGCAGCAGGUCCAGCAGCAGCAGCAGCUCCAGCAGCAACAGCACCAGCUGCAGCAGCAGCUCCAGCAGCAGCAGCAACAGCAGCUCCAGCAGCAGCAGGGUGUUUUGCUGCUUCACGGGCCUGUCGCUGCGCAGUAUCCAGCGUACCCCCAAGCGCAGCAGCAGCACCAGCAGCACCAGCAGCAACAACAACAGCAGCAACAGCAGCAGCAACAGCAGCAGCAGCAGCAACAGCAGCAGCAGCAGCACGAUUGGAGCCUUGCAGCAACGCAAGCGCUUGGGGCGCCUCCUCCAGCGUACUGCAGCAGCAGGGUGUUUUUUAGUAGCAGCAGCAGCAGCAGCACCUCCAGCAGCAGCAGCAACAGCAGCAUGUGGGGUGCAUGUGAUCGUGCAGCUGCAUCAACAGGAAGGAGGCAAGAGACAGCAAAGAUAUAUUUUUCAUCUGGGGCUGUCUCUGCUAUAAACUACGAGCGCAUGCAUGCAUAG